AUGACGGAAACCGCCGUCCAAAUCACUCAUGCUAGCGCUGCUGCGGCACUCAUGAACGCCGUAGGCCCCAUCCCCAAACGACCGAUCACUCCAGAGAACGUCGCUAUCAGGAGAAAGAGUAUCGAGGUCGACCGGACCACGCAAGAGGCGAGUGGCCUAGUGGACGUGGCAGGCGGCGAGGCCGAAUUUGGGGAAGAUUUCGCUCAAGACUGGUUUAGAUAUGAGCCGCCUGAUGUCUUUUCCAGUCUGCUCGACGGCGUUAGAGACGAGGUGAGGAGUGUGGUCCAGACGUCGGCUGAGAAUGUCAGGCGUCGGGCAUCUCUGGAACGGCAACGGGACGAAGAAACGAGGGAACAGACUGGCCAACAGUUUGCAGCAUCGUCAACCUCACGCCCGGACUCAACGCCGGAUCGGAAGCGAAGAGUCCCAGACUCACAGACUGUGGCGUUGGAACACAAAGCUUCAACAGGAUAUGCCGACGCUGGAGCUACUGCUGAAACUCUCCCGAGUGAGCCGCCUGCCCGACAGGAGAGGCUUUUUGGUCGGGGGAUCAUGGGCGUGCUCCAGGAAAUGCAUGGCAAACACGGGAUAUCCUUCAUGUUGCCCAGUCUAACUUCAAAAGGGAAAACACCCGUCACAACAGUAGAAUGUGUCGCGUGCCUGGACGACUUUGUGCCAAAGAAAACGGUAAAGACAGCUUGCCAUAGCUACUGCCGGCCGUGUUUCGAGCGGCUCAUCGAAACGGCGCUGGCCACAGAGGCGCAGUGGCCGCCCAGGUGCUGCCUGAACGAAGUGCCCCUGAACGCCAUCGUAAAUGGCCUUCCGCGCGGCCUCCGCAUCCGCUACACCAACAGGGCCGCCGAAUACAGGGUGCCCGCCAAGGAGCGCCUGUACUGCCCGCACCCGGACUGCGGCGUCUUCGUGGGGCAGCGCCACAGCUCCUCCUUCCGGCGGAUGAAGAGCAGCGGCAGCAUCAUCGCCACGACGACCAGCAAGACGACGAGCUGCUGCCGCGGCCACCCCAUCUGCAUCCCCUGCGGCCAGCCCGGCCACCCGGACGACGGGCCCAACUGCCGGCGCGACCCGGACCGGCGACUGGCCGACGAGCUGGCCGACGAGGAGGCCUGGCGCCGCUGCUUCAAGUGCGACGUGCUGGUCGAGCACGCCGACGCCUGCCACCACAUGACGUGCCGGUGCGGCGCCCAGUUCUGCUUCGUGUGCGGCCGCAAGUGGCGCACGUGCGACUGCACCUCGGACAUGCUGCACCUCCCUCUGUGGGCCAGGCGCUCCGACCGCAACGAGCGUAUUGCGGCCGCCAUGGCCGCCUAUAUGCGCCACAACGACGCCGCCAUGCUCGCCUGGCGCGCCGCCCGCGAGGCCGAGGCCGCCCGCGACCGCCACCGCCGCGGCGAGGACCGCGACAUCAAGCUGGAGCUGCAGGCGCGCGAGCUCGCCCGCGUCGACGGGGCCUUCGCCGCCCGCGAGGCCGAGCUACUAGCGCGCCACCGCGCCGAGAGGUGCUGGGCCAAGGCGCUGCUCGAGGAGCGCCGCAGCGUGUUUCGUCAGUUGAAAAGACGCGAGAUGGAGCGCGUGAGCCAGGUGGCCGACGAAGCCUCUUAA